AUGGCUUCUGAUAUUCUUAGUCAAAUUUUAUUUAAUUCUGGUGAUUCUGUUUUAACUCCAGCACCUUUUUAUUAUCGUUUUGUUAAUGAUUUUGGAGAAAGAGGGCUUGUUAAUGUAGAAAUUGUUCAAACUUUGACAGAAAAUGGAUUAUUAGAUCUUUCUGUUGAACGAUUUGAGGAAGCUUUUUUGAAGGCAAAAGGAAAAGUCAGCGCUAUUUUAAUUGUAAACCCUCAAAAUCCAGAUGGCUGUUAUUUUACUUUAAAUCAGCUUAAACCAAUAAUUGACUGGGCAUUAAAUAAAAAUCUUUUUAUUAUUUUGGAUGAAGUUUAUAAUUUGUGUAUUUAUGAGAAAGAACAAAUUAAUAAUUGUUGUUUUGAAAGUGCUGUUAAAUUAUUUAAAACUCCCGAAGAAUUAAAUAAAAUGAUUUGGGUUUGGAGUAUGAGCAAAGUUUUCUCGAUUCCUGGACUUAGAGCAGGUGUAUUUUACACAAAAAAUAAAAAAAUAAAAGAAGCUGUUACUAAAUUUGUGGCGUUUACUCAACCAAAUUGUGUAACACAAUUUAUUAUGAGACACUUUCUAGAUGAUCAAGAUUGGUUCGAAAAAGUUUAUUUAUUUGAGAAUUUACGUCGUCUCAAAAAUACAAGGGAUAAAUUGCUUUUAUUUUUGGAAAAUCAAAAAAUUCCUUUUAUUAAACCAAAAUCUGGAUUUUUUGUUUUAACUGAUUUUUCUAAAUUUAUGGAUGAACAAACAAUUGAAGGAGAAAGAAGACUUGUUGAACGUUUUAUUAUAAAAAAAGUUCUUUUAAAUUCUGGGGAAGAAAUAAAGUUUUUAGAAAUUGAAAAAUUAGAAAGUUUUUUAAUUUUUAGAGCUCCUAAACCUGGAUGGUUUCGAAUUGUUUUUUCGUCAGUUAAUUUUUCAACACUAGAAAAAGGUUAA